AUGGGUGAUCACCCACAAGAUCGUGUAACCCCUUCACCUCCCUUUUAUGCAACCGGUGUGGAUUAUGCGGGACCCAUAAAUCUUAAAACAAAAAAGGGCAGAGGUGCAAAAAUAAUUAAGUCAUAUAUAUGUGUUUUUAUAUGCCUUUCCACCCGCGCGAUUCAUUUAGAAAUUGUGUCAGAGCUAACCACAUCUGCAUUCAUAGCAACUUUUAGAAGGUUUGUUUCACGAAGAGGCAAGCCAUCUAUUGUACGGUCUGAUAAUGGAUCAAAUUUUGUUGGUGCCAAGUCUGAACUUAAAGAACUUGGCAAUCUUUUACAGAAUCAAGCUUCUUAUUUAAAAGAAGUAUUUGAAAAUAAUGGAAUACGCUGGCAGUUCAUCCCUCCUAGGUCUCCCAAUUUUGGUGGCAUUUGGAAAGCAGGAGUGAAGUCUUGCAAAUACCAUCUUAAAAGAAUUAUGGGAAAUGCAUCCCUCACGUUUGAAGAUUUGUAUACGUUAAUAACCCAAAAUGAGGCCACCCUAAACUCUCGCCCAUUAGUGCCUAUUUUCUCAGAUCCCAGUGAUUUUGAUUUGCUUACUCCCGGACAUUUUUUGAUCGGGAGACGUUUGACUGCGCUACCUGAUCCAAGUCUUCUGGACUUGAAUGAAAACCGACUAUCCAAGUUUCAACACCUACAAAGGCUCUAUCAACAGUUUUGGGCCAGAUGGUCUAAGGAGUACGUCGUCCUACUGCAGCAAAGGUGGAAAUGGAAGAAUCCAGAAAAGAACUUGGAGGUUGGUGAGUUGGUGCUUGUGCGCGAUGACAAUCUUCCCCCUCUAAAUUGGAAGCUGGGUCGAGUAUUAACAUUGCAUCCCGGACUUGAUGGAAAAUGUCGUGUUGUGUCACUUAAAACAAAUAAGGGUGUAAUAAAAAGGGCUAUUACCAAACUUUGUGCUUUGCCCUUAUCAGAUAAUUAA